CUCCGGUUGGGGUGCGUUCCGGAUCUAUCCGGUAUUAAACUUCCUUCCGGUUCGGUGUUACUUGCCCAGAUUCCUUCGUCUGGGGCCUCGAAAAUUCUCCAAUCUCUUGACCUCUUAUAGAUUUACGCGCGAAGAUCUAUCUUUAAAGGUUUUGGGAAAUGGCUGAUGAUGAGAAAGAGAGAGAGGGCACACCCUCCCGUGGGGCUGAAUGGGAAGUUGUGUCUCUAACUGCAUCUACUUAUGCUGCUGCACCUGGUCCAAAAGGAUUUUUUGAACCAGCUGAUGAGAAUAAAGACAAGGAGUUCAACAAAAAUGAAAGCGAAUCUUCUGGUGCGUUAUUUAUGUCUGAUCACUUUGUUUUUCCACCAAACGAGCACGAGAAUCUACCAAUAGAACCUGAAUUCAGUGAAAUUCAUUGUGAAGCAGAGGGUCAGAAGGGGAGCCUUGCUGAGGAUGAUAAUGAACCAAAGCAAAUGUAUGAAGAAAAUGUGCGGAGUAAAUCUGAUGAUAUCCCACAUGGAAUUCAGUAUGGUAUGGAGUAUGAAGAGGGCAAGGGAUUGCAAGAGCUGAAUUUGGUUCAGGAAGAGCAGGGUAUGUAUGUGGAUCCUGAAUUUAGUUCUUUUCAUUCUGAAACAGGCAGAAGUGACUUAUUGCCUCAUGCUGAGAGCACAGAGUUCUAUGAACAUUCUCCCCAAAAUCUAGAAUCUCCUCCGGAGUAUGCAAAGAAGAAUGAAGAGAAUAGAUCAGAUGAAGAUGAAUAUGGCCCUCCUUCUGAAGCUUGGUGGAAAAGGCAUGCAGCAUCUUUGUAUCAUCAUGUGAAGGAGGCUAACACAUUUUGGUCUGUCUGUGUGGCUGCUGCUUUAAUGGGGCUUGUAAUUCUUGGGCAGCAGUGGCAGCGUGAAAAAUGGCAGCUUCAUCAACUUAAAUGGCGGUUUAGCAUCAAUGAUGAGAAGGUGAUCAAGAUGCUGGGACCGCUAGGUCGAUUCAAAGAUGUUCUGGUAGGAGGUCACCGGCGGAGCAUCCGUGAUGGUGCUGCAUCAGCCACCCUUUGAAUUGCUAAUCAUGAUGAUGAAAAGCAUGUAGUAUUUGUAAAAGAUGGACUUUUUUUUUCCAGGAAGCCUGGGAAUUCAAUUUAUGUUUCUGACACUAAGGGGACACCACAGUUUUACUUUAUUAUGGUUAUCUCUUUUGUACAUUGUUUGUGUCAAUUUUCCUGAUUUCAUGCUUA